GACUCAGCCCAAGCCGAGGGACACUCUGGGCUGCCAGGGGGAUCGUAAGCGACAGGGCUGGGCAGAGGCGCCGCGGUACCAUGAGGCGCGGGUGCUUAAGAGAUUAUGGCAUCGGAAACCCACAAUGUUAAAAAACGGAACUUUCGUAAUAAGAUUGAGGAUCAUUUCAUUGAUCUUACUAGAAAAAAGAUCUGUGAUUUCACUAAUAAGAACAUGAAGGAGGUUAAGAAAUCCCCAAAACAGUUGGCUGCUUACAUAAAUAGAACAGUUGGACAAACUGUGAAAAGACCAGAUAAACUGUGUAAAGUGAUCUAUCCCAGAAAGGUCCCUGGAAGUGGGGGCUGUAACAUGGCAAAUAAAGAAAAUGAACUGGCUUGUGCAGGCCACCGGGCUGAAAAACUACACCAGGAUAGUCGAACAUACUUAGUUAACUCCAGUGAUUCCGGUUCUUCACCAAGAGAAAGCCUAUCAUUAAAACACAGUAGGUUUUUUCCUGAGGUUUCUCAGGACCAUGAAACAAUGGCCCAAGUUUUGUUCAGCAGGAAUUUGAGAUUGAAUGUAGCUUUAACUUUCUGGAGAAAGAGAAGUAUAAGUGGACUUGCAGAUUAUUUGUUGAGGAUAGAAGAUCUUGGCGUUGUAGUAGAGUGCCUUCCUGUGCACACCAAUAGUUUACAGGAAGAAAAACAAUAUAUCUCACUUUGCUACUGUGUAGACUUGUUGGCUCUAGUAAAGUCACUACUUAAAAGCACAUUUGAAGAAUAUGUCAUAGUUGGUUUAAACUGGCUUCCAGCAGUCACUAAAAGGUGGUGGUCAGGACUAUCAUCCAAAACAGAAAUUAUAAAUGAUGGAAAUACGCAGAUUUUAAAACACCAAUUAAAUGGAUUAUGGGACCAGGAAAGCCAUCUUACUUUGGUUCCAGGAUAUACUGGUAAUAUAGCUAAGGACGUAGAUGCUUAUUUAUUCCAGUAACAUUGAGAGAUUUCAUCUACUAAUGAGCAUUUGGUUUUUCAAAACAUCCCUGAACUACAUAAUUUACAAAAAAAAAAAAAGUCUGGUCUGAGAACUGUGAACUGUGGAAGAAAUCAAAUCUAUUUUUUCUCUUAAAAAGCCACAUAAUGAAACCACUAAUGAACCCCCAACAAUCUACUUCACAUUGAAGUAGAAAAAUAUCCAAAAGGAGCAGCUUCAACUUCAUGGAGGUGAAAACACACUAUGAAGAUUGUUGACCUUUGCUGCAUUUGGGAUUUAUGUGGUUAUUUGGUAACAUUAAGAACUCCUGGAUUUUAAUGCAAUCCUGCAUAAGAAUAUAAUUUAUACUAUGUGAAAAAAUAAGACAGGACUUAUUACUAGGAACCACCAAGACCAAUCACCAUUAACUUUGUUA